AUGGCGGAGCCGCAAGUGGUGACGGACUUCCUCCGCUACCUGGAAGACCCAGAUGUGGCUGUAGCCGUGGCCGUUAUCAAGGCGUUGACAGGCGUCAUUACCCGCAGUGAGGCCAGCACCAUGAUGCAGAUGGAGGGCGAGCUGCAGGAGGCAGCGCAGCAGCUGCGUCACUUCCAAGCCGCAGACGAUAAGGCCUCAGCCACGCGCUUCCACAACUCAAUCGCCACGACUGCUGGUUGCCAGCUGUUUCUGCGCUACGUGACGCGCUGUUUCCUUGAGUUCGACGACUUCGAUCUGUGCCGCUCGCAGCUAAUCGACCGCGGCAAACUCUUCGCCGAGACGUCGCUAUCCAGUCGUAAGCGCAUCAGUGACGUAGGCCACAACUUUAUCCGAGACGGAAUGAAAGUGUUGACGCACGGCAAGUCCCGCGUGGUGAUUGCGUUGUUGCGUGAAGCUGCCAAGACCAAGAACUUUUCCGUUUUUGUGACGGAAGGACGAAGCAAUGCCUCCGGAGUGAGUACUGCUGAGGAGUUGGCGAAGGCGGGUAUCCCUACGACAGUGAUUCUCGACUCGGCAGUGGCGUACUAUAUGGAGCAGAUGGACAUUGUUAUUGUCGGAGCUGAAGGAGUGGUGGAAAAUGGCGGUAUUGUCAAUUCAAUUGGCACGUACUCUAUCGCUGUGAUCGCUCAAGCACUCAACAAGCAGUUUUACGUCGCUGCAGAGAGCUACAAGUUCGCUCGUCUGUACCCGUUGACACAGCGUGACGUCCCGCAGAAGCAGAUGGCUGCGAUCUCGGGUGCUGUUGCUGGUGGAGAGCCCACUGACGAGACGAUGAAGAACGUGUCGUUUGCUAGUCCUUUCUUCGACUACACUCCGCCUGGAUACAUCGCGCUGAUGUUCACAGAUCUGGGUGUACUCACUCCGUCUGCAGUUUCCGACGAAUUGAUCAAGCUAUACCAGUAA